UAUCACGAACGAAUAAUAUGACUACUGCCCAUUCCACUGCCGAUUCAAAUGUUAACGUUAUAAUAUUUGACGCUUCAAAAAAUGAGCGGAGGUUGAACGAGGAAUUUAAAGUUCUUCAGAGAAAGUUGAAACCGAAAUGGAAGUUUAUAGAAAACAACGACGUCCUAUCGCAAGAAUCGCUAACUACUGGCAAGGUCUUAGUAUUGCCAGGCCCUCGUAGCAAAUUCACCGAACUCGAAAUGAACGCUAUCAGAACGUUCAUAAAUUCUGGAGGAAACGUAUUGGUCAUGCUUGGCGAAGGUGGGGAAAAUAAAUUCAAUACGAAUAUCAACUUUUUGUUGGAGGAAUUUGGAAUUAUGGUGAAUAAUGAUAGUGUGGUCAGAAUGAACUACAGUCAAACAUUUCAUCCGAAGGAAUGUGUCAUAUCAGAAGGAUUGUCAAAUAAAUCAGUUUUCGUGAAAAAUCGCGACGAGUACACAGGUUUGAAGUACUUGUAUCCAUACGGGGCAACUUUGAAUGUGGUACAACCAUCCAGUGUGACUCUAUCGAGUGGGGCAGUUGCUAUACCAACAAAUAGACCAAUUUGUGCUUACUACUCGUCAAAAUCGAACGGCGGUAAAUUGGUUGUCUUGGGCUCGUCGAGAAUGCUGACGGACAGUUACAUAGAGAAAGAAAGAAAUGACCAAUUUAGGGAAAUGUUGUUUGAAUUCUUUAGUUCUGACGAAGUAACUGUGAAACACACGCAACCCGAUGAUAUUGACUAUUGGGAGUACAAUUUUGUUCCGGAUACAACUCAGCAAGCGGACAUCCCAAAAGUUUGCACCCAAGAAUUAGACAACAUUGAAAUACCACGAGAAUACACCAAGCUGUUCAAACAACACUUUUACUCCAUACAUUUGAAUAUGAUUCCUGCAUGUAUCAAGGCAUAUGAAGUUUUAGGGGUGAAAAAGCAGCCGUUGACGUUAAUUACCCCCCAGUUCGAGACCCCUUUACCACCAACACAGGCAUCGGUCUUCCCACCGAGUUUUCAAGAACUUCCACCACCAGCUUUAGAAUUGUAUGACUUAGACGAAGCCUUCAGUUCUGAUUUGCUAAAAUUAUCACAACUUUCCAAUAAAUACUUGGCUAAUAAAAAUCAAUCAAAUGAAAUGGAGUUGGACUACUAUAUAAGAGAAUUUGGAGGAAUAAUACGAAUCCCUAAUGCAGAAUCGUGUACGGCUAAAGAAGUGUUGAACAAUAUUUUCCAAAAAUUAGCUAAUUUCAAAAAAGUACAUACUUAAUUAUUGAGCCAAUUAUCAAUACAAUCAACAAACAAUUACCGUGUAUAUACAU